AUGAUAGUCUCAAGCAUUUUAAUAUCUAUUAUUUUAAAUAUCUAUACAAUUAAAGCAGAUGAUUGUGAAUAUUCAACACCCGAUGGUAUAUUAGAUUUGAAAACACUCGGUUAUAAAGAUCGACCAAAAUAUAAUAAUAUACCUGACACAGGUUUACAUACUAUUGCAUAUUCAUUCAAUGGUUGUUUUGCUUAUUCAACAAAAGAUACUUGUCAAAAUGCUGCUGCAUGCGUUAUUGAUCUAACGUCAAAACAAGAAAGAUUAAUUGCUCGUCAGACAGAUCGUGUCUUUACGUACAAUGUUGGUGUAAUAAGUAUAAUCUAUACAGAUGGAGAUGAUACAACACUACGUGUUUUUCUUCUCUGUAAAACAACGGAAUCGUUUCAAGCUCAUAAAAUUACUGACAACUCAUUUCUAUUUAAUAUUGAAAGUGAAUGUGCUUGUCCGGGUAAAUGUACAUAUAUUCCAGAUAAGCCAUCAGGUCAUUUAACAGGCGGAGCUGUUUUUAUAAUAGUUUUACUUUGUAUUAUUGCAACUUAUCUUAUCAUUAGUAUUCUUUUUCUUCGACUUGUAAAACAUGAACAAGGUAUUAAUCUUAUACCAAAUCGAACAUUAUGGUUACAAAUAGGACAUGAUACAAUUCAAGUAUUAUUAUUCAUUGUUAAAAUGUUUGUUCCUAUAUUGAAUUUAUUUAUUUAUUAUUUAUUUAUGCUUAUUAUUCAAACAAUCGCUAGUGAAUCUUCAUGUGUUUAUGAUGUUGGAAGUGGACAAAAAUUAGAUAUUCGUACUUUAGGUUAUGAAAAUGGCAAAGGACCAAAAUAUGAUAAUAUACCAAAUUCGAGUCCUACAAAAUCUACAUUAAGUUGGAAUGGAUGUUUUUCUUAUUCAAAAUCUGAUGGUGGUAAUUGUAAAGAUGCUGCAGCAUGUUCUACUAGCACACAGACGGGUAUGUCAACUGUCAUUGCUAAACAAAGUGAGGUUCAAUUUGAACAUCAUGACAACGUGAAUUUACUUAUUUAUCAAACAGUUGAUAGACUUCUUGCUGUUUUUUUAACAUGUAGUGAUUCUGAUGAAGAUACAGUGAAUGGUCAUCAAGACGAUGCACAAACAUUUAGUAUUUAUGUUCAAUCUCGAUGUUGUUGUCCUGAUAAAUGCCAUUAUUCACCUGAUUCUGGAUCUAUAAGUGGUGGUGCUAUUUUUCUUAUUCUAUUAAUUUCUAUUCUAUUUGUUUAUAUUAUUGGUGGAAUAAUGUUUUUAAAAUAUGCACGUGGUGCUACUGGCUCAGAUAUGAUACCAAAUCGUUUAAUAUGGUUAAAUAUAACAUUAUAUGCUCUUGAUGGAUUACGAUAUUCUAUUCAAAUUAUCCGACAUAGAAGUUUCAAUAUUGAUUAUCAAAAAAUAUAA